ACGGUCAUCCUCAUAUCUUUUUUGUUCAACACGGUCAUCAUAAUCUCCUCUAAUGGCCUCCAUUCCAAUCCUCACACCUCCCACCACCUCCAAAACCACCGCCACCACCUCUAUAACCCACCAUUCGUUAAGUGUCUCUUCCAGACUUCUCUUCCCUAACUUCACCUCCAUACCCACUUCCAAUUUCCACAGACCAAUCACCAAGCUCCACGUGUCCUCCCCAACCAACAAGCCCACCGUCACAUCCACCACCUCUGACUCCUCCAGGAAACCCACCGAAGAAACCAUCUUCUUCGACGGUGGAGCCCAUUAUGGUGACCUCUUAGCAAACCUUCUUCUGGGUUUCACUCUUCUUUGGUUGCCAUUAACUUUAGCUGCGGUUUCCAGGGCUUUCUAUUUGAGAUACAGGUUCACCAACCUGCGGGUGACGGUGAUUUCGGGACUAACGGGUCAGGAUAGGAGCGAUUUCUCGUACAAGGUGAUCAAGGACGUCCAGGUUGUGCCACGUUUCAUUGGUGAAUGGGGUGAUAUUAUAAUAACUUUGAAGGAUGGGACCAAAGUUGAUCUGAGGAGUGUUCCUAAGUUUAGAGAGAUUGCUAAGUACUGCCUUUCCAUGGCUGAAAAACCUGCUGUUCUGAAAGAAACUGGGCCUAAAGGGUUUUAAAUCGUUUGUUGCAUAAGAAAAACUAAUUUCUUUUCUGGGUUUUUUUUGAAAAAGAUUUUUCGUGUUCCAUUAUGCCGAUGAUAUGUUUGACAAAUUGACUAGAUGAAUAUUGACAUUGCCAGAACUAAUAGUAUCUGCGAAUCAGUUUUCUGUUGAAAUUAAGCAACUUGGGGUGGAUUUAACUUCAUGAAAACAACUAAAAUCACUAUGUUACGAAUGAAUUUGACGGGCAAGGUUUUUCUUCUGGUUUUAGGAUGUGGCAUAAGACUCAUUCAACAUUGGAAUGAAUUGUUGAUAUUUUGAUUGGAAAUGCCUUCCGCAAAAUGCUUGAUUAGUAGCUAGUCAUGGAAAAAGCAUUUAAUCGAUGCAUAAUGCUAUGAAAUGCAGUGCCGUGAUCACGUCCUAUUGUCUUCAGCAGUUGGAAUGCUCUUCUGCUUUCUUUGGGCCAACAGCUUCCAUCAUAUAUUGCUUAUACUGAGAUAAACUGAACACGCCAACAUUUCGUUCUUGGAAUACAUUAGUUUUUAACAUGGGGGAAACAAAGUUUCUAUGUAUCUACUGUAUAAGCUUUUGUGUUGAAUGUUGCUAAAAAAGCAAGCUUGAAGUUUCACAACCUUUAAAAGCUUAGGUGUUAUUUGGUAACACUUUGGUUUGUUUUUUCCCUA